AUGACGUCGUUUCUUGGUGACCUGCUCAGCCAUGUUGAUUUUGGCAACAAGAGCCUGGCUGUGUCGGCUGCCUCCAUUGCCUUUAACCCGUUGUGGUGGAACAUCGUUGCUCGCCAAGAGUACAACAACAAACUCCUGACAAACAUGUUUGGCGGCAACUCCAAGGCGGCAAACUAUGGCCUCGCCGCCGCCAUCUUCUCCCUCGGCAUCCUUCGCGACUGGUUGUACAAAGUUGCCAUUUCCGAGCAGCCCUCGUACCAGCCGCUGUUGACGGCGUAUUCGCAAGCUGCCGCCUACACGCUGCUUGCGGCUGGCAACAUCCUCGUCGUCUCGUCGACAUGGCGCCUGGGCAUACGAGGAACUUUUCUCGGCGACUACUUUGGGGUCUUGCUGGAGGAGAUGGUGACGGGCUUUCCCUUCAACGUGACCAACUCUCCCAUGUACUGGGGCUCCACCAUGAGCUUUCUGGGCACCGCCUUGCUCUUUGGAAAACCGGCCGGACUGCUGCUGACGCUCUGGGUGUAUCUGGUGUAUGUGUUGGCCUUGCGCUUCGAGGACCCUUUCACGGCGGGCAUCUACGCCAAGCGAGACCGCGAGAGAGCCGCCGCCAGGUCGGGGAAGAAGCAGGAAUAA